AUACAGUGAAGUUCUAGAGAGAGAGAGUAGUGUGUUUCAUAAGCUCACUGUUUCGCUGAUUUUGAGGCAUGCAAGAGAGAGAAAGAAAGUGAAGAGAGAGAACACUAGUACUGCACAAGUUUUUCACUCAUCAAGUCUCUUUUUUUACUGCAUUUGUCACUCUUUUCUCUUCAAAACCAUCUCUCAAGUUUUCAAAACUCUGAAACAAAACAACCCAGGUGUGUUGAGAUAAUGCUGAGGAAGAGAAGCAGUUCAAACCAGAAAGAUCAACAAAACAUGGGUUAUUUGACAAAUUCUGAUGCUAAUUCGGAAAACUUCGGUCGCAAUAUCAAAGGCAACUUGAUUUUCAAUAUGCCUUGUUUGUUUGUGGGUUUAGGUCCAAAAGGGUUUUUGGAUUCGGAUUCGGUUAGAAGUCCAACUUCACCUCUAGAUACUAAAGUUCUUUCGAAUUUAGGUAACCCUGUUAGGAACCAAAGAUCUUCACUUUUUGAGGAGAAUCGGAGGAGUUGGGAUUGUUGCAAAGUUGGGUUAAGUAUUGUAGAGUCUUUGGAAGAUUGUAACUGUUCUAGGUUUUGUCGAAAAACUCUUCAAAUGAUGAUCAAAACAACUCCAAUUUGUGAAACUUGUAUGGAUUCUUUUGAGUCAUCUGAGUCUUUGCCUAAAGAUUUUUGUACCCGUAAUGAAUCUCUUAUCCGUAAGGGUGAAUGUGAAUCCAAUGUCCUUUUUGAGAUCGGUGAAACUAGCUUAGAACUUGAUGAACCGUUCGGGAGAACUAGGUCUUGUUCAAUGAAUUCGUGCAAAUCAUUGAAAGCUAGUGAUUCAAAUAUUGAUGAUUUUGAUAUGAAAGAUGCAGCGUUUCAAGUUAGCUUUUCUCCUCAUUUUAUUGGAGGAAACGAGAACUCAAAUGCUAUUGCAUCGGCAGAGUCGAAACCAAACACUUUGUCCAUGUGUUCUUCCGAUGAAAUUUUGAAGUCUCUAUCGGCUAGUGAGAUUGAGCUUUCUGAGGAUUAUACAUGUGUGAUCUCUCGUGGUCCAAAUCCCAAAACAACUCAUAUUUUUUGUGAUUGCGUUUUGGAAACUCGUCCUGAUUUAUGUGUUAAAAACCAUUUUAAGAAUGAAGAGCAUGAGAAGGAGAAGGUAGUGACUCCGAUUGCUAAAGGGUUACAGACUCCAAACCGAUAUCCCUCUCGUGCCUUCUUAAGUUUCUGUCACCAUUGCGACAAGAAACUCGAGGAGGGGAAAGAUAUUUACAUCUAUAGAGGUGAAAAAGCAUUUUGCAGCUUAACUUGUCGCGAAAUGGCAAUUAUGAUCGAUGAAGAGCUUGAGAAAUCCAACCCUCCUUGUGAGAACUCUCCAAAACCGAAACCCGGUGAGCAAAUUUUUGAAACAGGAAUCCCAGCAAUCAUAUAAGAGGCUUAUCCAUGAGAUAGGGUAGACGCAUUUGAUCAUCUGUUCGGAACAAUAGAGCUGUUUUAUGUGCAUCCGUUAGCAGCCAUUGGAUGAUCGUUUUGUAAAUCAUUGCGUUUGUCUCGACUAUAAUAAUUUAUGAAUUUGUGUUGGAUUAUUAUGAUUUAUGGCUCUUGUAUGAAGCUAGUUUUGUUUUAUAGAUAUAAAACGUUAUCAAACUAUUGAUGGCUUGUAGAAAUUAAAGGGUUUGAAGCCUGUUUUUCUGGCUCCUCCUUUUGAAA